GGGCGACUGGCUGAGACACUGCAUCUGUCCGCCCGCUCAGGGGCGCAGACGGCAUCAUUUUGCGAAUAUACUUCUUCUCUGUACUCUACACCAUGCGAAUCGCUCCUAUCGACGAUGCCGAGGUCGAACUCAGCCUGCUGUCCCCCCGCGCACGAGAAGAGUCGGAGAGCAGCAGCGAGACCCUCGUCCAUGACGAGCUUGAUGUCGACGAGGAGAGCGUCAAGCCAGUUCUCAAAACACGGCCAGCGACGUGGAAGGAGAAGAAGAAUAUGGUUCUCCUCACAUGUCUUUUUCUGAGCCAAGGUGUCCCAUUAGGCCUCGCUAUCGACUACCUGUACAUAUUGACUGCUGUUUUCACGUUCCUCAUCACGGCUGUCGCAACUCAAGGCUGGGCACUCACACUUCUCUCCGAACACUAUAGGCUGAGCACAGGCUCGCUCCUAUCGUAUACCGGUUUCCUCGCACUUAACAGUGAAACAUUCGCUGCCAAACAUGGUAUUCCGCGGUUGACCCUCGGGGCCUACUGCAUGUUCUGUGCCAUGCUUUCAUACGCGCUCACGCUCUGGCUACUGUUCGAAAAGGAGAACGACGUGGAAGAAGAAGGUGACAUGAGCCUCAAAGCAAUUUACUACAAGAUGUGGGAGAUCAUGAAGUUCCGACACGUCCAGACGCUCCUCGUCCUUCUGCUCGUCGCCAAAAUCGGCUUCCAGGCCGACUCUGCCGUCUCCACGCUCAAGAUGGUCGAGAAGGGGUUCAGCAAGGAGGACCUCUCCCUGACCGUCCUCAUCAGUUUCCCCUUCCAGAUCUGGGGCGGCUUGCUCGCGGGCCGAUGGUCCAAGGGCGAGCGGCCGCUCCGCGCGUGGAUGCACGCGUAUUGGCCCGCGUUCGCACUCGUCCUCUUGUCGACGCUCACAGUGUAUUGGUUCCCGCACCCGCCCCUCCCACUCGGGUGGUAUGUGUUCAUCAUUGCGCAGAGUAUAGUGAGUUCGCUCGUUAUGACGGUCCAGUUCGGAGGUAUGACUGCGUUCCACACGCGGAUAUCGGACCCAGUCGCCGGAGGAACCUACAUGACUUUGUUCGCGACCUUCAACAAUCUCGGUCUCCUCUGGCCAAGAUAUUUCGUCCUGAAAGGUGUCGAUCUCUUCACCUACGCAACUUGCAGCGUCUCCGCACCCAGUAGCACCCUCGAACCGACGACACCAGCAAGCUGCGUCACGAAAGGGGAGAAGGCCGCAUGCACGGCGCUCGGCGGGACGUGCGACAUCCAGCAGGACGGCUACUACGUCAUUUCCGCCAUCUGCCUCGGCGUUGGCAUAAUCCUGCUCAUCUUCUUCAUGAUCCCGACCGCGCGCAGGCUGCAGUCGAUCCCGCCGAAAGAGUGGCGCGUACGCUCAAUAUAGCGUUCACGGGACGCGGUGUACGGCCGCACCGGUUUCAGUAUAACUCUGCAUGACCCAGUGGAACGCAUUCAUGGACAUCACGAUGUCUCGUCGCACGCAUGUUUCUGUACCCCUCGAGCAAGCCUACCUAUUUAUCGCACACAUUGACCUCA